CAGAUUACGUCAUCUUCAUGAUUUUUGAGCAUGUUGAUCUAUUCAAACGAAUUGGCAUCAAACCACAGAUAAAAAGCAGAUCCAUUCACAAUCACUACUCAACAGACAACCGGUUGUGCAAGUGCAAGUGCAAAUAAUUAUUAAUGAAAUGUUGAGGAACUUGGCUGAUGUGCCAUUGCAAGAACAACUUGACUUCAUCAAUUCCUUUGAUCAUGUACUUACAGAUAUGGACGGUGUACUUUGGGUGGCUUCUAAGGCACUGCCUGGAUCCCCAGAAUGCAUAGCCACCUUGAAAAAUCUGGGAAAGAGGGUGAGUUUCGUGACGAACAACGCCGUGCACACGGUAGAUGGCCUGCACGGUAAGAUGAAACAAAACGGCAUCUCUGGAGAACCAGAAGACAUAGUCAACCCUCUGGUAGGAGUUGUGGACUAUCUGAAGAAGAUCAAUUUCAACAAAGAGUUGUUCGUACUAGCUUCCAACGUUUAUAAAAACGUGCUACGAAAGGCAGGAUUCAAAGUAGCUCCAGAUCCACCACUGACCAUCGACGAAAGUAUAGGUGGCCUUCUAUCGAAUAUAACGGACGAUGAAAAUAUAGGAGCAGUGGUGUUCGACUAUGACCUGAACCUCACAUUUGUGAAAUUGCAAAAAUGUUUGACGUACCUGAAAAGGAAAGACUGCUUGUUCAUCGUAGGUGGCGCCGACAAAGAGGGUCCUAUCGGUAAACUAGGACCUUUGAUCGGAAAUCAGUAUUUUUAUCAGGGCUUGAGAGAGAUAAGCGGCAGAGAACCCAUCCAAUUUGCGAAACCUUCUGUCCACUAUAAUGAAUUCAUCGUAAAAAAAUUCAAUAUUACUGAUCCGAAGAAGGUUCUGUUCAUUGGGGAUAUGAUCAACGAAGAUAUGAAAUUUGCUGCCAUUGGAGGCUACCAUAAGCUUUUGGUACUAUCAGGAAUCGCUACGAAAGAAGACGUCAUAUGUUGGAAACACCCUGAAGACUACAAACCAACAUAUUAUGUAGACAGUUUAGGAGUUUUGAAUGAAAAUUAUGCAGUGCUUCAAUAAUAAAAAACACAGCCGACUGUAGGCGUCAGC